AUGAACACGCUCUCCUCAAGGGCAAAACGACUCGGUGCGAGGCUUCCUCCAGGUCCUAGGCCUGCGUUCCUCGUAGGUAAUGCCUUCAACUUCCCAAGGAAGGCAUGGUAUGAGACCUUUAGUCUCUGGGCAGACGAGUAUGGCAUGUAUUCACCUCACACCUCGUUCAAAAUGUUAACGUUGAUGACAGGGGAAGUCGUGUAUAUCAACUUGCUCGGCACACCGAUGAUCAUUCUCAACUCUCUUGAAGCUGUCACGGAAAUUAUGGAUAAGCGGAUGAGUGCAUACUCGAAUCGGCCAGCUUCAACCAUGGGCAAGCUUACUGGACUUAAUUUCGCUACGGCCCGUGUGCAGCCUGGGCCAGAGUUCAAUGAACAACGUCGUGUAUUUCGCAAGGCUUUGAGUCCACAAGUCGUCACAGGCUACGAUGGCUUCAUUCAGCGUGAUAGAGAUGCUCUGCUUCGACGACUAGAUGGGUUUUCUGGUGACCCAUUCGAAGUGUUCACAAAAGUCAUAGGCGCCGUCAUAACUCGCAUUUCCUACGGGGAGCAGUUCUUCAGGGAUCACGGAGAAGAACUUGUUGAUAAUAAUGUUGAAAUCGUCAAUUUGGCCACCUGGAUGUCAACAAAACUAUGGCUCGUGGACGUCUUUCCUCUUUUGCAACAUCUCCCAGACUGGCUCCCGGGCUUGACGUUCAAACGAAUCAUAAGGAGGGCGAACAUACUGAUACGCAAAAUCCGCUACCAGCCCUUUGAGAGCAUCGUCUCAAGAAUCGCGGAUGGGACGGCCGAUGAGUCACUAUUGGUAAAGUACUUGGACGAAGGGUCCUUCUCUCACAACAACCUUCGAGAUGCCAUUGCCACGCUGUACGGUGCAGCCAUCGACACGACCUCGACGGCUCUCCUCAACCUUUUCUAUAUCAUCGUACUGUAUCCCGAGUGGCAGCAAAAGGUUCAUGAAGAAUUAGAUAGCGUGCUCGGUCGCGGACAUUUACCGACACGGGAGGAAAUCCGAAACCUUUCAAUAUUCAACGCUGUAUGGAAAGAGGCAUUUAGGUUGAACCCACCUGCUCCGAUAGGUGUACCACAUGUGGGCAUGAAAGAAGAUGUAUGGCGCGGAUAUUAUUUUCCAAAGGGCACAAUAGUGCACUGCAACAUUGGUCAGAAUUCUUGUAUUCUCAAUUGCCUGCUGACGAUGUUCACAGGAUACAUACUUCGGGAAAAGGGAAUUUGGGGUGAAGACAGUCACUCCUUCAAUCCAACUCGCUUCCUUCCCGAGUUCAAUCCUCGCGCAGCCGAACUCCCUAAUAUGUUGGAUCUUCCAUUUGGAUUUGGUAGACGCAUUUGUCCCGGACGGCAUCUGGCAGACCAUAUCGCGCCGCAAUAUGCCGUUGCUCUCCUUGUGACGUAUCAGAUCCUUCCUAUGGAAGGACACCUGUUGGGUGGAAAGAUAGGAUUUGCCGAUUCAGCGGUUCGGCGCAUCUCUGGGUUCCAGUGCCAUUUCAAGCCUCGCUCGUAG